GAUUCAGUAGUAACAGAGCAGACUGCUAUCAAGAGUGGCUGCAGCGAGGGAGAGAGAGAGAGACAGAGCGAGAGAACGAUAGAGAGAGAGAGACAGCAAGGAGACCGGAAGACACAAGUAAGACCGUGACAGAGAGAGAUAGAAAGAGUGAGAGUGAAGGGAGAAAAGCGAGGGAUUAAAGAGCUUUAGAGCAGUCACCUCCUGGCUAUUUGCCUGCUGACGCAAGCAGCCUCCUUUGUUUUUGCCAUCCCUGAUAUGACCCUGUUCAAGAGUGAACAUCGCAGCCCACGAUACAUGAGCAUGACCGGAGAGCUGAAAUCGAGCCGUUCCAAGACGGGAGGAGCCAAGAGGCCCAACAGCGCCAUGUACGGAUCAGAAUAUGACCUGGACUAUGACUGCUACCAGGAGGACUUCUAUGACAGGGUGUAUGACUACCAGCGCGUGCCCUCGGCGAUGCCUGCCGUGCCCCACGGCUCCAGCCUGCCCAAGCGCUCGCGCUCCUCCUCCAGCUCCACCAGCCUGAGACGCAGCAGGGACCGGCCCUCCUCCAAGAGCUCCAGACCCCACUCCUCCAGCAGGGCCAAACUGAAGAUGGAAGAGCUGCAGACCAUCAAGCGAGAGCUGACCCUGAUUAAGGUUCAGAUCGACGGGCUACUGGAUAACCUGGACAGGAUGGACAGGCAGAGGCAGGAUCACACAGGAUCCCCACUGUCCAGGGAGGGCAGUCUCGGAGGCUCCCCCUACCACGCAUCUGCCAGCAGCCCUGAGGCGUCUCCACAGAGCCCCAGGCCUGGGCGCCGCUGUGCCCGGCGAGACAGCCCUGAGCUGGGGGAGGCCAGCGAUGACGAGCCCCACACGAUGCAUCAUCACAGCUCAGACCUGGAAGAUGAAAUGUGAGAAGGCUGUCACAGCUCCGAGACGAAGCUGGACGUCGGUGAUGUGAAACAAAGAGAAGGAGCGCCAAACAUGGAGGAAGAGCACACUACAUCCCUGUCUUUUUUUCAUGUAGUUACCAUGCCAACACCAGCCGCAGAACACUACUAUCCCUACUAUCCCCGUCAGCCCACCACCACCCCUCUGCUGUGUGUGUGUGUGUGUGUGUGUGUGUGUGUGUGUGUGUGUGUGUGUGUGUGUGUGUGUGUGUCAUGGGUGUGCCUGCACCUAAAUGUGAAAUCAGUGCUGUAGAGUCUCCAAAAGGCUCAUCAUCUGAUCAGCAGACACAGCCCUCCGCCCCUGGUGUCAGUUCCCUCCCUGAGCUUACUUCUCUGUUUUUAUUCAGCAAAUGAAAUGAGCUCCAUCUGUGACAAACACACUUCACUGGCGUGGUAAUUACAGCCAUCUAUUGGACAAAAGAGCACCAUACUUCCUAUAGUGAAUCUCUCCUGUGAAUUGCUCACCAACACACACACUCACACACACACACACUCACACACACGUAGAGAUAGAUGCUUACACGGAUUUGCUUAGAGCUGAUUUCCCCUGCAAUUAUGAUCUAAAAUGUUAAACAGGAGAUAACUAUUAUCAGGUACGAAAUACUUAGGUCAAACAUAUUUCUUUCAAAAGACUAAUAAUUUAAAUGCCUAGAUUUAAUGGCUUCCCGGUGGUGACAUAUUUGCCUUGAAAAGGGUUCUCUAAUGGCAUCCUGUCUGAUGUGGGUGGAGGUGUUGUGCCUGCAUCACUGCUCCACUGUUGUGCUAGUGUCUUGAUCUGACCCAUGGUCUAUGGAUUACAUGGUCAAAAAAGGCCCAUGUCAUUCAAAAUCACCAUACACAGAUCCUGUAAAAAUGUUGUGUCCCCUAGCUAACAACAGGUUUGGAAUACAAAUAAGGAAAUAAGCGAACUCCCAUACUUCUGAAGAAAAUCUAAUCUUUGUGAGUAAACAGAGGAACAUUUACAUACUGGAAUGGGCUUCUUCAAUUUAUCUUAAACUUUGCAGGCAGCAGAAAAAGACAGGCAACAGAAAUCAUUCAAGCAUCCCUUAAUUAGGGAGUUUAUCCACCUAGCAGAACCUCAUCUUGAUUUGUCCCACUGGAUAAUAUAUGACAAUAACGUCACUAACAUGUGAAUUUAGUGCAGCAUAUCCACACUAGACUCUCCAGGGUCUCUGCUGAUAUUUAUGACAGAAUAUCCUCCAUUCCAGAACACCUGGAUUUCAAAAGGUCUUUGUGUAGCCUACUGCCUGUAAAAAAAAUCUUACCAGAUGCAUACCAUGUACAAGACAACUUUGUUUGGCCUUUGAAAAAUUGUCUCAUUCAGGCUUUGUGUGUGUGACUAGCUGGUCACUGCAUUGCUUGCUCUGAUGUGUUGUGUGAGCUACAAAAGACAACCCUGUUCACACAAGCAUACAGCCAAAAGCCAGAGGCUCUUGACCCUGGAGCAAGAUCCAAUUUGUAAGAUGCUAGAUGCAAUAACUGCAAUUCUUGUGCCAUGCAAGGAGAAGACAAGACUACAAUAUCUCGCUUUAAAGUCCACUGCCAUCAAAAGCCACUUUUUUAUUGUAGGCCUAUCAGUCAUCCUGUUGAGUUGCCAUCAUGUCAAUUAUUUUUAAAAUAUGAGAGAGAUAUUACAUAUUUCUCCCGGAGUCUAUCCAAAAUACAUCUUUAAACAGCCCCAAGUAAUAUAGAUGAUCAAAGACUACUCCGUUUUAAUGUCAAAAGCAUGGACAUGCCAGGCCAGUGUGCUUUGCUGCAAGGAAAGGAUUCUAUUUUGAGUGCGGCUUUAUCCUCCAGAGCAUGUUUGUUUAUCUUUUUUGUUUCUAUGGUUGCAAACUGCUGUCAUUCUGCAGCCAGUCAUGCUACAUAUCUGGCUGUGUGAUGGUAAUGCUGUGGCCCCCAUCUCUUCUUCUGUGGUAUAGGCGCAUUUGAGGUGGUCUGGGUCAGUGUGUAAUAUUGUGUAAUAUUGUAAAACUUUCUUUUUUGUGGUCUACUCAGUCUAAUUUUAUUCUUUUUGUUUGAUGUCUCAGUUUUGAUUAUCAGGAGAGACAAAUGAAGGCGGGGAAAAAAAACCCAUUAAAGACAGUUUUGUUACAAUCAAGUACUGUUUAGUAGUUUUUAUGUUGUUUUUAUGUUUGCCCUCAUAACAAGCAAAACUCAUACAUUGUCACAGUAGUAAAAGUAUUUUCAUAUUGAUUAUCCAAA